GAGGAAGAGGAGGAGGAGGAAGCCAUCCCCAGUGCCUUCUUGACGGCACCACGGACGGAGAAGCUUCUGGAGCAAGGAGAGGCCGCGGGUUUAAAGUAUGGCAUGGGGUCCAUGCAGGGCUGGCGGGCCCACAUGGAGGAUGCCCACACUAUUUGUCUUCAGUUGCCUGACCCACUGACCAACUGGGCUUUCUUUGCUGUCUACGAUGGGCAUGCGGGGGAAACGGUGGCCCAGUUCUGUGCCCAACAUUUGCUGGAACAUGUCCUGGCCACCCAGGCCUUGCCAAGUGGAGAAGAAGAGGAAGACCCAGAGGCAGUGAAGGAGGCCAUCCGGGAAGCCUUCUUGGCCAUCGAUCAGCGCAUGCAAGGCCUCUCGGAGGCUGAGGCUUGGGAGCAUGCAGGUUCAACUGCUGUGGCCGUACUGGCAUCGCCCCAAAACUUCUACUUCAUCAACUUGGGUGACUCCCGGGCUCUCCUCUGCCGCUCGGCCACCGUUGCCUUCUACACUGAUGACCACAAACCCACGAAACCGAGGGAACGGGAGCGGAUCGAAAAUGCCGGUGGCACCGUGACACUGCAACGGGUCAAUGGCUCCCUGGCUGUCUCACGCGCUCUGGGCGAUUUCGACUACAAGGCCGUGGCGUGGUGCAGCCCGACCCAGCAGCUGGUCUCGCCUGAGCCAGAGGUGGAGCAUUUGGCCCGUUGUCCAGGGAAAGAUGAGUUCUUGGUACUGGCUUGCGACGGGGUCUGGGACACCUUUGACAACCCAGGGCUUUGUGCUUUUGUGCGUUCCCGACUUCGCCUCACCGGCAACCCACAAGACGUGUGCAAAUGUGUGCUGGAUGCCUGUCUUUACAAGGGAAGCCGCGACAACAUGACUUGCAUUGUGGUCUGUUUCCCAGCUGCCCCAAGUGUUUCCCAGGAGGCCUUGCAGAAGGAGCGUGAGUUGGAAGCUCACCUGGAGAAGAGGGUGGCAGAGCUGUAUGAUGAACUUCUGGAGCAGGAAGAGGGUCCCAGCCUAGUAGGGGUCUUCCGGUGCCUGGCCACGGAGCCGAAUCCUGGUCUUCCCCCCGGAGGAGGCCUGGCUAGCAAGAGAGCUACAAUAAUGGAUGCUUAUGAGCGCUUGAAACAGAGCCGGGAGGAGCAACAACAACAACCAGACCCCAGUGCGAAUGCCGACUCCAACUGAACCGUGCCAUGCCAGUGGGGCAACCCAAAACAAAGGUCUCUUCUCUGGGACGGUCCCAGGAGGCGGGAGGAAAUCUACCCAGGAUUUCUGGGGAAAUGGAGCAAAAUGGACAGUACUGGGGUGACUUUCAGCUUAUUCCCCCUCCUUCCCUCUGAGAUGGAAGCAUUGGUAGAUGGAGAGGAAUGGCCAAAACAGAGGACUGGAGCAUGGGAUUUCCAGUGAGAACAUAUCAUUUCCCCCCAGAACGAAUCGGUCGCCGUUACUAGUUGCGAUACUGAGGAAAUAACUCAGUGUGUGAUUUGUGUGAUUCAUUUGUGUAUUUAUUUACUAACGCCUCUCACCCAGCAAUAGCAAACCACAGGCACCUUGCACCAUGGGCCAAAGAAAUAAACAGGGGGGAAAAGGUAUAAAAUGGAAGAAUA